AUGGACCAAGAACUAUUCUUCCAAGUAAUUAUUGUGGGCGACACAGGAGUUGGCAAAACCUGUCUUCAGCUAAGAUUUAGCGAGAACUCAUUCAAAGAGCAACACAGUGUAACAAUUGGUGUCGAGUUUGGCGCAAAAAACAUACAGGUCGGUUCUCAAACUAUAAAGUUGCAGAUUUGGGAUACUGCAGGGCAAGAAACUUAUAGGAGCAUUACAAGGAGUUUUUAUAGGAGAGCUGAUGGGGUCGUAUUGGUUUAUGAUGCUACUGCAAGACACACUUUUGAAAAUUGUGAGAACUGACUUGAAGAAAUCAGGCAAAAUUCAGCUGUGGAUGUUGUGAUUUAUCUUGUAGCUAAUCAGGUUGAUCUAAUAGAGAAGGGGGCAGAGCCGAGACAAGUUACAUAUGAAGAAGGAAAAUUAUAGGAUUUUUAUUGAUUUAGUAUUUAUUUUAUAAGAGUGAGAUUAUUUUUGAAAGAAAAUGUGAUCUUGGUACUAAUAAAUUGAGAUUUAUUGAAAUCUAAAGAGGAUAUUUGCAGAAAAACAUCAUUUGAGUGGGUUUAUUGAAACUUCUGCUAAAAGCGGAGUUAAUGUUAAUGAAGCUUUUUAUGAGUUCAGCAAGGUUUUGUUUGAAAGGUGGAAGGAAAGAAGAGAGUUUAAGCCAGUUCCACAACCAAAAAUAGAAUUGAGGCCUACAAUAAUUAAUAAGAAGAAAAAGUGCUGUUAUAUGAAAGAUAAUAAUCAUAGUAAUAAAAGAUGAUUCUUGUCAGAAAUUAUGAUACUGAAGUAUUAUGGAAAUAGUUUGAGGAUUUUUGUCACUCUUAAAUAUUGUAUAAGGAUAACUUUUAGCAGCUUUUGCAUAAGGAACUCUGCUAUAUUAACUAGUUUUUCAGUUAAAUCUUAUUGAUUUCUCAUGUUUUCUAGGUAA